AUGGACCGGCAGAGGCGUCUGUUAGUUCUUACAAUCCUCAUCUCGAGCGUCAUAUUCACUCUUUGCUGGUCAUUGAUCCUUUGGUUAUGGCAUAAAGAAUAUGUGGUUCUCCACGACCGCAUCGUCCGCUUGAUCGUAACAUAUCCUACUGAACUCACUCUCAUAUCCACUGUGAUAUCCACGAUUCUAUCUGUGACCACCACAGCUCUUUUCUCAGUCGCUGUCAAGCAUGCACUCAGCCAUUACAUCACGCAGCCAUUAUCACUAGCUGAACUUCACACCGCGAUAGCCCUCACCAAACCUCAACCUCUUAUUCGAUGGGACUACCGCAAGCUAUCUCUUAUCACAGUGCUCAUCGUCGGUUUGAUCACACUCCUUAAUUCAAGCUGGACGACAUUGCUGUUGCCGACACACCUUACGUGGCCUGUGCUUAUUCAAGGCAAAGAUCUGGACCUCGGAAGCCCCACAUUCGAUGCGCAACUAGGUAACGAUAUGAACAAUGGGAACGUUUCUUGGAAGAAUUCCACUUACAUGCUUGAUGUCAUAUUGCCCAUGAGCGGGACCUCAGCCUCACGUUUGGCUAUUGCAGGCGGAGAUGACAGUGUCUUUGCCUUCAAUGGUGUCUCAUACAGCAAAUCUAGCAGUGGUAUUGUUCCAGCAGUUGAAGAAUAUGCAGGCACGUCAUUGACAGCUCAUGACGUUGGUGUCAAUUACUAUGGUGGAAAAGUCGCUAGUCAAUACUACGCCACACACAUUACAUGCAGUGCCCUCGACCUAGAUGACCCCCAGUACUCGAUAACCAUUGAAAGUUCUCCUCUCAACAGCUACGGGAUCAUGUCUUGGAAUAUGACAGUAAAUUGUCCUGGACCUUUUGGCAGCAAUUGGAACACCUGGGCGACUGCGGAGUUCCAGAAAGGGGACGAUACGGAUGGCUUUCUCGGGAUUGUCAUCUGUUUGGGAACGGAGAACGCCACCUCUUUUGUCUCCACCUUAGAUAUCUUCCUGCAGGGCAAAUGGGGAUAUGGUUCCUUGGGUAAAACAGUCUGCAAGGUUGCCCCAUACGUGGCCUCGUUCGAUGUGUCAUACAACAAUGGAAACAUUUCCAUUGAUCAGCCUCAUGACAUUCAGCCACUUCAGGACACCAGCCUUAAUGUCACCUACUUCAUCUUAGGCGUGGUGUCGGAGCUAUCUUUUAUUAGCCAGACAACAUGGAAUAACCCUUUGGGGGAGCUGCUACAUCUUAAUGGAAUAAACCCAACGCGCUCAGUGUAUGAGGUACUGGAAGACUAUUUCCGCGGUGUUGUAGAGUUUUCUGCCACAUACCUUCGCUCUGCCUAUUCUGCAGAAGGUGCCGCCAUCGCGAUGCCGGCCUUGUAUUCUGACCAAAGUGCUUUCAAAUCCCUGAAUGGAACCAUAUCAGUGAUGACCUACGGCUGGUCUAGCCAUCACCUCACAUACAUCUAUAUUCUCGGAGUUCUCACGGUCAUCUGGGCCGUCACUGUUUCAGCUGCGGCAUACAGUCUGAUCCAGGGACGUACUCAGUCGCAUCCCUUAUUUGAUGCGGCGAACCCGGUCCAUCUCAUGAUGGCGACUUCGGCAGGAGGACUGGAAAACCUCGCAGGUUUUCACCCUGAUGGUGUUACGAAUAGUGAACGUGUACGAGUGCGACUCGAAGCCGACUGUGAUGAUCUGGGAGAGGGGGCGUCUAGCGGUUUUAGGAUGCGGUUUAGGGUUGAGUCGGCAUAG